AUGGGUUUCUUGACGGGCUUUCUUGGCGGCUUUGCCCUCACCUCCUCCGCCCUCUACAUUACCAUCCAAGUCCACCGCUCAACACGCAUAUCGCAACGCAAAGCCAUCCACGAAGAAGUCGCGCAAAUAGAUUGGCUGACCUCCUCUGCUGGUGCUUAUGAUCGACGUUUCCUGCCAGAAGAUAUACCGCGAUGGCGGCGCGAAGAAUUACAGGCACAGAAUCGAGCUGAGCCAACUAUGAAAGAGAUUCUCAAGCAUAAAUGGAAUAAAGAAGUUGAAAUCUUGACAAGGAAGGCUUACGAAGUGACGUGGGAGGAUAUGAGGAAUACUGCUGCAGGUGGUUGGAAAACCAUUGUGCAAGUAGUGAAGCGGGAAUGA